CAACAACAAAAUGGCUCGAACUGUUAGGCAGCCAUGCGCAAAAGAGUUCUGCCAGCCCAGCAUCACGCGAGGGCCCCGUCGUUGCCCGAUGGGUUGUCUCGGUGCUUCUCUUAUAAAAGAGUUGUUCUGGCCUCUUGCCUGGGAGAGCCUGACAUUCUCCAAGCGAUUCCAGUUCCGCACAUCUCUCCAUCAUUCCAUCCCUUUCCGUCCCGGAUCCCCAUUAUUGCUCUUCCCAAGCUCUGAUGUCUCAUCCCGAUAUGGAAUCUGCACGCCCUGAAAACGCCGACGGCGAAAUACAUUCCCUCCUCGAGACGGUCUCUCACGCGCUGGCAGACCAAGCGGACAAGAGUGUCUUCGCCUUGGGCGGGAAAUUCGAUCUCGCUACGGCCGCAAAGGCGUUAUCGAAUGCGUCCGAGACAAGCCCCAUUGUGAUCCGGUGGGAUUCGGGCGAUGUUAAUCACUGUCGCAAGGUCUCGUUACCAGUCGUUGAAAACGAUGCAACCUCUCAGGCGGCGUUUGCCAAACUCUUGGAGGACUCGGAACCGGCCACGUAUGGGGUCGGCGGCGAAGCAGUCUUCGACGAGACUUAUCGAAAGGCCGGUAAGAUGAAUGCGACCAGGUUUUCGACGAAUUUCAAUCCAUACGAACAUGGCGUGAUCGAUGCCAUCGCCCAAGCCCUCACCCACGGCGACCACGGUGGCAUCAGAGCAGAGCUCUACAAUUUGAACAUUUAUUCCGGUCCUUCGGGCAAGUUCAAAGCCCACGUUGACACGCCCCGAUCGGAGGAACAAAUGGGAUCCCUCGUCGUGUGUUUCCCGCGCCCGCACCAAGGUGGCCAGUUAGCAGUCAGGCACGGCGGACGCGAGGUGACGUUUGACUGGGCGUCGGACAAUGCCUCGGCCAUUCAAUGGGGAGCCUUCUUCUCCGACUGCGAACACGAAGUCUUGGAGGUGACUGGCGGACAUCGGUUGACUCUGGCUUACAACCUCUACUGGACUACCUUCGGACCAGCAUCGAUGGCCGACGGCCUCAAUAUUCUCGAGCCGGAGUCUCUCCAUUUCUUUGGAGCACUGCGAGAGCUGCUGAAACGCGCCGACUUUCUCCCUGAUGGAGGUCUACUGGGCUUCACCUGUACUCACGCUUAUCCUCACGCUUCAUCCGCGGCCGCCGAUACCCUGCAACACACCUUGAAAGGCCUUGACAUGCUAGUUUACCAGGCUCUAAAGCGUCUGACGGGUUCCGUAAAAGUGACACAUGCCCUCGACGAUUACCUCUAUCAGGAGGAUCAUCUGGGUUGCCGGGAUAAUGAGGACGAAGGCGUAAGCGAGGACGAAGACGCAAGCAAGAAUGCACCGUCAUCUUCUUAUGCAAGCCUUGUUACUAUUGGCAGAUCCAUCCGUGGACCGAUCGUUGUGGAGGGUGGAGGCGAGGACUUCCCGAACCCUGAAGAGCUGGAUUACGACAACUACUACCGCGUCGACGGUGUUCUUCACCGGGAAAGUGAGAAGGCAUUUACUCGGGACCAUGUGACCUGGCUCAACCACGCCCCAAAGAAGACAACGCCUCAAGAGGUUGCAGUUGCGUUUAUCACUUACGGAAAUGAGCCUGGAAUUGAUGUGUACUACUCGUCAGCGGUUAUUGUUGCCGAUUUCCGCAAAUCACCGACCUCCCAUGUCAGCGAGGCCACCGACCAGGAAGUUACGAUUUGACAUAGAAGAGCGCAGCCGGUAGGUCAGGGCUGGAUCCGGCGACUUAGGGGAGCAAACCUCCCUACCGAGAGACCUGGUGGGCAAUGAUCUUGGGGAUGAGAAUGAGUCACGUGGGAGUUUCCGAUUUCGUCACCAUCAAACGUAUUUUGAGCCAAGAAUAUUAUUCCAGGUUGACGUUAGA